AUGGCGGCCGAAGUUGGAAUGCGGGCUCUCUCCGCGGUGAGGACUGUCGUCCGGUGGAUGGCGCUGCUGCUGCUGCUGCAGUGCCUGGGCAGCCACCCCUCCUUCACCGCGGCGGGAGAAUACAAACAUGUGGUCGUUAAAAUCAAGUAUUAUUUCAGCUUUCCCCAUUCGGAGUUUCGUGAAAACUAUGAAGGUUGGGCGAAUUACGUCAUUUCUUCCAAUAUCUGUCAAAUAAAUGGAGGCCUUCUUACUGCGGAUCAAACACCUGCUGCGCAUCAGUCCAUCACGGAUUACUUGAGACAGGUGAGAGGCAUUGCCGAUGAUCAGGUAUUCACGUACAUGGGCGGUGACGCCUACUACAGCUACUAUUGGGAGAAGGACCCUGACAAGAUGUGUAAUCCAGCAUAUGGUAACACACUCUUGAACUGCAUUUUUGAGUGGAAUCAGGGGUUGUUUGAGGACACGAGUGCGAAGGUGAAACUACGUGGUGUUCCGUUUUUCAGAGGUUCACUGCACUCCAUCCCUGGCGCAGGCCCACUGAACGGGUACGCCGAUUACUGGCACGAAGGUUACCCUGCCAACGGUCAAUUGUUUUUAAUAUCUCGCCUGGAUACGAAGAAGAAAAGGGCGACGACAACGUGGUACGACGGGAGUAUCUCCGCCCAAAUCAACGUUGAUACGCCUAAUGAGGCAUUUGGCAUUGUAUGUGAGGUGCAAGACGAAAUCAUUACGACGACGACGGAGGCCCCGCCCACCACUACUGCGACGACGGAGGCCCUGCCCACCACUACUGCGACGACGGAGACCCUGCCCACCACGACUACGACGACGGAGACCCCGCCCACCACUACUACGAUGGCGGAGGCCCCGCCCACCACGACUACGACGACGGAGGCCCCGCCCACCACGACUACGAUGGCGGAGACCCCGACCACCACUACUGCGACGACGGAGACCCCGACCACCACUACUACGAUGGCGGAGACCCCGACUACCACUACUGCGACGUCAGAACCGGAGGUGGUAGUUUCGUGGGUGCAGGAUCACUGGUACGCCAUUCUUCUUGCUGUAUUGUUGCCGCUUCUCUCUGCGAUUGUACUAAUUGUCGUUAUCAUCUUCUGCUGUUGCUGCCGUCGUACCGAUGAUGAAUCCACGAGGGUAGCGUCCAUGGAAUUGCGGGAGGUGAAGGGCAAUGUGUAUGGGACCCAACAGAGGCAGAGCGACGGUGUGAGUGUGUCUGAGGGCCCCGUUGUUCCCACGUGUCCUCCCUGUGAGCAGCAGCAUGUGGUGAAGCGGAAUUGCUGGAUGCCACCUUCGCCACGUGCAGCACCUGUUGAGUCUUCGCCAUCCCUACCACCCGCAUAA